ACGCCCACAAUUCCCUCCUCUUUUCCCUUCAUCUGUGUCCUCCUUGUCCUUGAAUUGCCACAGAGUGACACACACAACACAAAAAGACCACUCUCACGCAAAUUGCAGUGACUUACACACCCUCUUUAUAUAUGUACCUGGAUUACAGCAUAAGAGAGAGAAAUAGAUAAGAGACAUAGAGAGAGAGAGAGAGAGAGGAGUAUAUAGUGGGAACCUGGGGUUAUUCCUCUUCUCCUCCCUCGAGGCUUUUAAGCGUUUUUCUCAGGGAAUUAACGUGGUCACAAGAAUGGGAAGUAAUUUUGAAGGCCAGACUCUUGGCAGUGAUGCGGUUGGAGGAUCUGAAGCCAUCGAGAUUAAAAUAAAGACAUUGGAUUCACAAACCUAUACUUUGAGAGUGGAUAAACAGAUGCCAGUUCCUGCUUUGAAAGAACAGAUUGCUUCCGUGACUGGAGUGCUAUCAGAGCGACAGCGGCUGAUAUGCCGGGGGAAAGUUCUAAAGGAUGACCAACUUCUGUCUGCUUAUCAUGUUGAAGAUGGUCAUACCUUGCAUUUGGUCGUCAGACAGCCUAUUCCACCAUCCUCCGAGGGUUUAUCAAAUUUUCCAGCAACUGAUCCUGCUUCAAGCACUAGUCGUGGGCAUAGUAAUCAGGUAGCCCCUGGUGUUGUUAUUGAAACCUUCAGUGUACCUGUACAAGGGGAUGGAGUUCCUCCAGAAAUCAAUCGGAUUGUCUCUGCUGUUCUUGGGUCAAUAGGACUUUCACAUGUUGGAAGUGGCAGUGAAGCAUUUGAUUUCAGGGAACAUGGCUCGCAAAGGCCUGAAAGAACAGCAGGUGCUACUGGAAUUUUCGACACAACACAGCUACAACCUGAACAUGCUGGCAUGAGGGUUCCAUCAGAUAGAUUACAUGGUACCUUUGGCCAUUCAGCAGCAUUUUCUUUGGGGUCUCUGUCUUCUAAUGUAAUUCCAGAUUCUUUGACAACUUUAUCCCAAUAUCUGAGACGUAUAAGAAGUGAAUUUGAUGCCAUGGGCAGAGAUGCGGGAACCAGUGGUCAAGCAGGUGCUGCCCACACAACUGAAUCAAGGAGUUCUAAAACUGCACCUAGUAGUUCAGGAACAAGACCUGAAGGAUUUCCCACACCUGCAUCUUUGGCAGAAGUCAUGCUUUCUACAAGACAAAUGCUCAUUGAACAGACUGCCGAAAGUCUAUAUCAACUAGCAAGGCAAUUGGAGAAUCAAGUGAAUGUGACAGAUCCUUCCUCAAGGUUGAACAUUCAAUCUACUGCAUUCAGAACUGGAGCACUGUUUAAUGAUCUGGGUGCAUUUUUACUUGAACUUGGUCGAACCAUCAUGACAUUGCGAUUGGGUCAAACACCUUCUGAAGCGGUAGUUAAUGCUGGACCUUCAGUCUUUAUAUCCCCAUCGGCUCCUAAUCCUAUCAUGCCUCUUCCUUUUCAAGUAGCUACAAGUUUUGGUGCCAUCCCCAUGGGAGCUGUGCAGCCUAGCUCCAGCCUGGUUAAUGGGCGUGGGACUGGGUUUCUUCCUAGGCGUAUUGACAUACAAAUAAGGAGAGGUUCAUCAACGGCCACGCAUGAUGCCAAUCGAGAGGAACAUGGUGAUACACAGCAGCCUUCAGGCCAAAGAGACCCCACAACAAGUUCUGGUGGUGAAAAUCCUGUUACUCAAGCAGCUUCAAGGGUCCCGGAGGGUCCAACUUUUGCUGGAGACUCAGGUGUAAGGGUAGUGCCAAUUAGGACCAUGGUUGCAGCAGUACCUGGUCCCUUUAGUCGCCUACCAUCAGAUUCAUCUGGAAAUUCAGUAGGUUUAUACUAUCCUGUCCUUGGAAGACUCCAACAUGUGGCUUCUGGACAUGUAAGCAGUGACCGAGGAUCCCAAGCAUCUGGUGAGCGUAAUCCUGCUAGUGUCCAUACAGAGCAGCAAAUGGCGCAGGCUUCUGUACAACGGCUUAAUGAUCUUGCACAAGAUGGAUCAAUACCAACUUCCGAUUUGAGACAGCCAGAGCCAUCCAAUACUCGUAGUAUCAAUAUUAACAUUCUUUCAGCUGGUCGAAUGCAAAACAACAAUGAAUCUGAUAGACAAAUCCCUAGCAGUGUAAUGCAAUUUCUAAGGACACUCUUUCCAGGAGGUGAAAUCCAUGUAGAAGAUGGUGGUUUGGAGGGCACUCCCGCAGGUUCUGAGCCUGACCAAGCCAGGACAUCCAGUGACAUUGCACGGGCACCAGAAGCAGAACCAAGGGUUAGUGAUGAAGGAAUAUUUUUGUCUAAUCUGCUUCAUCAAAUCAUGCCUGUCAUUGCACAACAAGCUGGUGCAGAGCAGGAUGUUGUACCUCCGGAGCAGAUCAAUGCUUCUGAGCGCACAAUGACUCAAGACUCUUCCAACGAGGCUGAGAACUCUAAUGCUGGGACAUCUCGUCGACCAAGUGACGAUGAUUCAAACCCUCAAAGCUCAAAACGUCAAAAGGUGUGAAAUGGAACUGUGGCUUUGUUGAUGCAGAUUGAGUAACUAAUAUUAAGGGUCUCUUUGAAGGAAAUCUUUUGUGGGGUAAUUCAAGAGGUCUGAAAUUGCAAUCAAAUUGGCAUAUAUCCUCAUCUAGAGGUUCAUAGCUGGCAUAGCAUGUCUCGGAGCCUUUGUAUUAUAUAUUUUGUGGUUUUUCCCAAACACGAUGGUGUGGAAUUUCUUGAGAUAUUGCGAUUCGUUUUUUUGAGACAAAAUACAUGUUUCUUCUCUGACUUAUAAUGUUUGUAUGGAUUUUAUUGCUGGAUUUGCAUAGAAAGCUAGCCUUGGAUUA